AUGGCUCCUGUUUCUGCGAAAGAGAGGCCCUCUCAAUAUAAACAAUCAUCUCGUAAAGGUAAGAAGGCUUGGAGAAAGAAUAUUGAUUUAACUGACAUUGAGAAAUCUAUCGAGACUAAAAUUGAACAAGAAAUCUCUCAUGGUGUUUCUGAUAUCUCCACUUUACAAGAUACUGCACUCUUCCAAGUUGAUAUUGAAGGUGAUAAUGUUUUGAAAAAUAAAUUAAUCAAGAGGAAACAAAUUAAGAAAAAUUUGAAAAGUAAAGAAAUAUUGGAUAGUAUUAAAACAACUUCAAAAAUUGGAGCUGUUACACAUCGUAAUCAUCAUCUUACUGAAGAUGAAAAACUAGCUAAGAAGAAAGUUCAAGGUGUAAGUAAAAAGGAAUUGAAUAAAUUAUUAGCGUUGGCUGGGAGAGUUCAAGGUGAAUAUAAGCUCAAGGCACGUUUAGCUAAGGAUGGGUUAGUGAAAUCUCAAUCAUUUGUAUUUAUGGGGUUCAAGAAGAUUCUUAAAGUUCAACUUCCCUCAGGGAUCAAAUUGGAUGCAUCAGUUAAAGAGAAGAUUCCAGAAGAGUUAUUGACCAUGUCUACAACCAGUUGGUCUGUUGCUUCUGUGAAACCAGAAACAUUGAAGAAAGCUCCUUUACAAUUGAGAGAGUUUCAAGAAUUGCCUCAUGCUGGGAAAUCAUACAAUCCAGAUAAGAAAGAAUGGUCAUCUUUAAUAGAUAAAGAAUAUCAAGUGGAAAAAAUUAAAGAAGAAAAUAGAAUAGCAUUGGAAGAAUAUAGAGAAAGAAUCAAACAUUUGAUCGAAACACUUGAUGAUAAUGAAGAAGAAGAGUCUUCUAAUGAUGAAAAGGAAGAAGAAUUUGAUGAAGACGAAGAUAAUACUUCAGAUGUAGUCAAAUUAUCUAUCAAUACUCCUGUUCAAAAUAAGAAAAAGACUAAAUAUCAAAGAAAUAAAGCAAAGAGACACGAAGAGAAGAUGAAACUACAACAAGAGUUGAAGAAGUUGAAGCAACAAGUUCAUGAAUUAGAGAAAUUGGAAAACAUUGAAGAAGAAGUCCUUCUUAAAUUCAUUGAAGAUAAAAAUAAGAAACAAACCACCGCAGGUGGAAAGAUAAAGAAAACCAAGAAAUUUGGUACAAAAUAUGGUCUUCUUGAUGAAAGACUUGAAGUUAAAUUCUCUGAUGAACUAUCCGACUCUCUAAGAAAAUUGAAGCCUGAAGGAAACCUCCUCUAUGAUAAUGUAAGGAAACUACAAAGUUCAGGUAAGAUUGAAUCUCGUGUACCUGUUAAGAGAGGCAGAAGAUAUAAGCAAAAGAUCACUGAAAAAUGGACUCACAAAGAUUUCAAAUAA